GUGUUUGAGGUGGCGCUUGUCAAGCUAGGUCGUUAGCAGUCAGUUGAGUACAAUUCGGAGUUACAGACAACAAUUUCCAAUAAUACGACUGUGCCUAAGGUUUUUAUUUGAGUGUAUGUUUGAUAAAAACGCAGUGGAAAUGGCCGCGGCUUCGUUGGUUUGCAUAUCUGUGGUCGUUUUGACCUGAUCAACACUCGUGCUAACGUUAGCUUGUUAGCAACCCUGGUUGUUUACUGCACCAGCCCCACCACUGUGGCUCCGUACGGAUCUCCACUGUACGUUCAGGUGAUUUAAGGAGGCUCUCACGUUUACAAGAUGUUCCUGGUGGGGCUGACGGGAGGUAUUUCUUCAGGGAAAAGCACAGUGUCUUCAAUGCUGCGGGAGCUUGGGUGCCCCGUUAUUGAUGCUGAUGUUGUGGCCAGGAAAGUUGUGGAGCCGCACACUCCGGCCUACUCUCGCAUCGUCUACCACUUCGGGCCAGAGAUCCUACUCGAGAACGGGCAGAUCGACAGGCAGAAGCUGGGUCAGCUCAUCUUCGGCAGUGAGGAAAAGAGGAAGCUGCUCAACUCCAUCACGCACCCAGAGAUCCAUAAAGCAAUGCUCAAAGAGAUCCUGUUUUACUUUCUCAGAGGGUAUCGCUAUGUGGUGCUGGAUGUGCCUCUUCUCUUUGAAACCAGACGUCUCACUCAGUUUCUAAACCACACUGUCGUGGUUUACUGUGACCCUGCCACUCAGCUAUCGCGCCUGAUGCAGAGGGACGGCCUGACCCAGGAGCAGGCCGAGCAGCGCGUGGCUGCACAGAUGCCGCUCAAUGAAAAGCGGGGCUUGGCCAAUCAUGUUAUUGAGAACUCAGGCAGCCGGGAGGAGACCCACCGGCAGGUCCUGCGGCUGCACACAAAGCUGGAGGACUCCAUGGACUUCCUUUUAGUGAGGGUCAUGGCGAUUGCUGCCACUGCUGGUCUGAGCGGGAUACUGCUCUAUGCAGCCAAGAUACUUUUGUCCUAACAGAGGACAGAGGAGGGGUGAAGGGGUUUGGUCCAAGAUGUGGUCAAAGAUGAGGAUGUGAAUAGAAGCAGGUCGGAGGUAUCGAUGCAAUUUACUGUGAGAUUAGUUUCACAGCACCCACUACUACAGCUCACUGGUGUGACGUGCUCUGUCGGCAGUUAACACGGUCUUAUAUUAUUGGCAUAACUUCCAAUGACAAAUGUUGUGUGAAUGAUGUCAAGGGUUUCUAUGUGCAAUUUCUAUGGGUUUUACUGUGAGACACUAAAAUAUGAAGGUGACACUUUAGAAGGCUCGGUUUCCGUACGAGCUCCCCCACCUUUGCUCAGUUAUAACUAACAUCAGUAAAACCAUCAAAAGAAAUAGACUGUAGAAACUAUGAGAUUUUAUUUGGUUGCACCUUUUACAGUUAAUGAAGUUAUUCAAAUUAGACAUUUUGGGUGGUUGGAUAGAUUUAAAAUUUAAAAAAUGAAAUAAAACAGAGAGCAAAUGAACAAGUAAAAGGCUAUAGUUACUGUGGUUUGUGUAGUUUUCAUUUAUUCUGCACCAACUCUCACAUGGUUUUGUGGUAGAAAAUGACAGAGCUGUUCUCGGUCAUGAAUAUGUUUUAAAUCGGAUGGAAUACCCUCAGAGGAAAAAAACUGAAGUGCUGAAUAGGAAUGAUCUGAUGCUUACAGAACAUGUUGUGAUUGUAUGUUAAUGACCUGUAUAAUGAAGUUAAAUGACAGAAUGUAUUUGACAAUCCAUUUGUAAUGGGAACAGUUUGAAUUGACACAAAUUAACAGACUAUAUUUAUCACUGUAUUUUCUUACACUUGAAGCUGUCCUCUGUAAAUACUAAGGCUGUGAUUUUUUUUUCAGUUCACACUCACUUGUGACUAAAAUACACCAUUUGUAACGUUAGGUGCUUAAUUUAAAUAUAAAUGAUCCAACACCACUGUUUUAAAGGAACAAUUAUCAGAUGG